CCUAGCAAACUCUAUGAAAGUCAUCAAACUGAUGUUGUCAACACAAACGUAUAUUGAUCUCUUCUUCACCGAGCCUUUCCCUUCUUUCAUCAGCAAUUGAUUCGCCAUUGAUUCCGGCAUGGCGGCAAAGGGGGAAACUCUUAAUCUCAAUUCAUCCAAAACCCAACCCCCCAAUCGUCCCAACACCGAUUCGUCGUAUUCUCUUGAGAAAUUUCGCCUGUAUGAAACUCAGGCCAGGUUUUAUCUGAUUGGGAGCGACAGAAAUAAGCAGUUAUUCAGAGUGCUUAAGAUUGACAGAAUGGAACCUUCAGAACUGAAUAUUAGUGAAGAUCCAGUUGUGUACCCCGUUAAGGAAGUGAAGAGCUUACUGCAAAGGAUUGCUGACGGCAAUAGAGCCACUGGAGGAUUGACUUUUGUGGCCAAAGUUUAUGGCAUUGUUGGUUGCAUCAAAUUCUUGGAGUCGUAUUAUCUUGUAUUGGUGACAAAGCGCCACCAGAUUGGAUGUAUUUGUGGUCAUGCCAUUUAUGGAAUUGAUGAGAGUCAAAUCAUUGCAAUUCCACAUGUGUCUGUUCAGACUGAUCUUGCUCAUUCAAAAACUGAGCUGCGGUACAAAAAACUUUUAUCCAGCGUUGACUUGACCAAGGAUUUUUUCUAUAGUCAUACAUAUCCUAUAAUGCGCAGCUUGCAAAAGAAUGUUCUGUCAAUGAGUGAGAAAGAGAUGCCAUAUGACAAUAUUUUUGUAUGGAAUGCAUACUUAACAGAACCAAUUAGAUUCAGAUGUAAGAACACCAUGUGGACAAUUGCUUUGGUUCAUGGACACUUUAGGCAGGUCAGGCUAUCAAUAUUUGGAAGAGAUUUUAAUGUUUCCUUGAUCUCAAGACGGUCUAGACAUUUUGCUGGGACACGCUACUUGAAAAGGGGAGUUAACGAUCAUGGAAGAGUGGCAAAUGAUGUUGAAACAGAGCAAAUUGUCCUCGAUGAAGAAGCUGGGUCAUGCAAAGGAAGAAUGAGUUCUGUUGUGCAGAUGAGGGGUUCAAUACCCCUUUUCUGGUCUCAAGAAGCUUCAAGAUUCAGCCCAAAACCUGAUAUCAUCUUACAAAGAUAUGAUCCAACAUAUGAGGCUACGAAGAUGCAUUUUGAAGACUUGGCAAGGAGAUAUGGAAACCCCAUCAUUGUACUUAAUCUAAUCAAAACAGUAGAAAAGAGGCCAAGAGAAAUGAUGCUGAGACGCGAAUUUGCAUAUGCUGUUGGGUAUUUGAAUCAAAUUCUUACCGAAGAACAUCAGCUGAAGUUCAUACACUGGGAUUUUCACAAAUUUGCGAAGAGCAAAUCUGCGAAUGUGUUGGCAGUUUUGAGUGGUGUGGCUAAUGAAGCCCUUGAUUUGACUGGCUUUUACUAUAGUGGGAAGCCUUUUAUUAUCAACGGACAAGUUACUCAAAUCAGCCGGACCAACACUGGAAGGGAAUCUUCUUUAAGAGAUUUGAGGCCUAGUUCAGGGGACUUGCCCAGGGUUGGUAGUGGUAAUGAGGUGUUUAGUUCAUUGGGCAAGCAAGAUAGAGAGAUGGAUAGUAAUAGGCAAGUCGGCAAAGACAACUGUGCUAAGGAUGCACCACGUUUUCAAAGUGGAGUACUCCGUACAAAUUGCAUAGACUGCUUGGAUCGAACAAAUGUAGCCCAAUAUGCAUAUGGUCUUGAAGCUUUGGGUCAUCAAUUACAUGCAAUGUCAUUGAGUGAUAAGCCCAAAGUGGAUGCCGAUAGCAGCAUUGCUGGUGCUCUAAUGGAGAUGUACCAGAGUAUGGGUGAUGCCCUAGCACAACAGUAUGGUGGCUCUGCAGCCCACAACACAGUUUUUCCUGAAAGGCAGGGAAAGUGGAAAGCUACAACCCAGUCAAGAGAAUUUCUAAAGUCUAUCAAGCGCUAUUAUAGCAAUGCUUAUACUGAUGGUGAAAAGCAAGAUGCAAUUAAUUUGUUUCUGGGCUAUUUCCAACCACAGGAGGGGAAACCUGCACUUUGGGAGUUGGAUUCUGAUUAUUAUCUUCAUGUUUCUGGUGUUGGAGAUGACAUUGUUCCAGAGAAAGGUUCUUUGGUUGGGAAAGAGCCUGCUGGAAAGGGGACAACUCUAGCUCCUAUUCCAGCUUGCAAGGAGGACUUCUCACGCAUGAAGUUGACUUCUUUUGAUAAACUGAUGGAAAGAACUUGCAGUUAUAUCAAAAAUGUCCGACUUUGCAGUGAAACUGAACAAAAGCCUGGAAAUUCUGGAGUUGCUCCUGAUGCGGCUGAGAUACAACUUAGGAGCCCAAAUUGGUUAUUUGGACAGAGGAAGUAUGAAGAUAAUAACACAGCAUCCAAGUUGGGCUCAAAUGAAGUUCCUAAUGGUGCUUCCCAGGAUGAGAAGAGAAAAGAUGGUUUAUGUGACUGGCUCUCUGCCAUUAGUGCCACCAGUGAUGAGGAUAUUUUUCAAAGAUACCUUGCGAUGACCACUGUAAAUGAGGCAAAUGGCUGGUAUGGGGGUACGUUGAUUGGUGAUCAAGAUGAAAGCAGUGAAAUCUUCCGGCAUUAUGCUGAACUUAUCCAAGGUCCUGCAAUGGAACCGUUCAGCAACGACUCAGAGAAGGAGAAAUAUUAUGCCAACCUUUUAAACAUGGGUUCAAUUGAUGCCAUGGUGGAUGAUGCUGCUGUGGAAGCAGAGAUGGAAUCUGCACUGAAUGGUAUUCACAAGAUCGGCGCUGAUCUAGGCAUUUUCCCAGAGUCAUGUAGAGUUUGGGCUGCUGAUCCAAGCCAGUUGACUAGAUGGCUGAUUGGGGAAGAUAAGCUUCCCAAAGCUUGACAUUAAACGCCCUUGCUUGCAGCCAUGGAUGACCUCUCCGCCUAAUGGGGGUGCUGAGGAGGUUAAAAUCAUUGAGCAGCAGGUUUUUAUUGCUGAAAAUGCAUUGCUGCUUCAUCUGUACAGUCUAGUUGUAUUCUGUUUUUAAAGGUGAUGUGGUAGGUUAUGAAUUCCUUCAUCUGCAGUAAGUGUAUAUAUGUAUACUGCAUUAUAUAUGGGUCUUGAAUGGAGAAACCUAUUGGCUUUACAAUAU